AAGCAGCGGGAUCAUUGCCCGUCCCGUCCCGUCCCGCACCACACGCGCCCACGCGACAAGGCCGCACCGUGUGCCGAUGCCACGCCAGUGACGACGCCACCCCACCUCGGCCCUGCACAACUAGCUAGCCGAGCAGCGAGCAUCAUCGUUGGCGCCCGGGUCCCCGCAGUAAUAAAAGGAGCGCAGGGGUGCGCCGCGUCAGAUGGCCGCCCCCUCGCUCUCCACCCCCCUCACCACGCGGGCGCCUCUGCUCCGCCUCCUCCGCCGCCGCCGCGGCCUAGCCCUCUCCGCAGCGCCGCCCAGACUCCCCGUCUGCUCCGCGCCGCCUCGCCACCGUCGCAGCGCUCUCUUCCUCGGACUCGGAGGUGCGGGUGGAAGACACAGAAGUGGGCUGGUGAGCAGAACCAUGUCGGCUUCCAUAUAUUCGACAAAGGUGGACGCCGAAUCGGCAAUGACCACGAAUGGAAGAGAUAUGGAGCUGCUACCAUUCGUGAAUGACAAACAUGAAGGUGUCAUUAUUGAGAUGACCACCCCAAUGGAUCCACAAGUUUUUUCAGCUUCCUUGAAAUCUUUGUUGUCGAAAUGGAGGGAGCAGGGAAAAAGAGGUGUGUGGAUAAAAUUGCCAAUCAGCCUUGCCAACCUUAUCCAAUCAGCUGUAGAGGAAGGAUUCUGGUACCAUCAUGCAGAAGAAACUUACCUAAUGCUUGCGUACUGGCUCCCGAACACGCCUCAUACAUUGCCUGUAAAUGCUACUCAUCGUGUGGGCGUUGGAGCUUUUGUAAUGAAUGACAAAAGAGAGGUAUUGGUUGUCCAGGAAAAAAGCGGUGUACUUAAGGGCUCUGGUAUAUGGAAAUUUCCAACUGGAGUUGUUGAACCAGGAGAAGAUAUUAACAUUGGAGUUGUAAGAGAAGUGAAAGAAGAGACAGGGGUUGAUGCAGAAUUCGUCGAGGUACUUGCCUUCAGGCAGAGCCACAAAGCUUAUUUUGAAAAAUCAGAUCUAUUUUUUGUGUGCAUCCUAAGGCCACAUUCCUUCGACAUUACUAAGCAAGAGUCUGAAAUCGAGGAUGCUCAGUGGAUGCCGGUGGAGGAAUUUGCGGCACAACCAUUCGUCCAGAAACAUGAACUGGUGAAGUAUAUUCUCGAGGUUGGCCUGGCUAAGACCGACAAGGAAUACGCAGGAUUUUCACCAAUCAGCAUAAAAUCGGCGUUCUCAGAGAAACAGUCCUUGUUUUACAUGAACAGGAGGGACCUGGAGAAAGCCUCAGGACCCAUCAUCAAUACACAAAAAGAUAGCUGAAAUUUCAGUCAGAGUUAGGAAAGGGUCGAAGCACUCGUACCCAAUUACUCUGCUGUUCGAUUGGUAGCUUGUACGCCUGAUUUUGACAGUAUGAUGCCUGCCCCCUACCAUUAUAUCGAUUCAGAAAGAGAUAUAACCUAGCAGAAGUGCAACGGAAGUUGUUGUACUCGGACAUCAAAAAGGAAGAUACUAUUGCGUUGCGCGUGUUGUCAAAUUUGUAUCGACGAGCGUACAAAUAAUGGAACAUAUAAAAGAUUUUUUGUUUU